AUGAGAACCUUUACUACACUUCCUCCCUUGCUUUUCGUUGUCAUUUUUCUUUGCUUGUCUUCUGGUUUCACAGAAAGCUUUGCAGUCCAAAAGAUAAGGUGUAUUGAGAGGGAGAGGCAAGCUCUUCUGGAUUUCAAGCAUGGCCUUGAGAACGACACGGGUGUUCUCUCUUCUUGGGGAAGUGAUGUUGAUCAACGAGAAUGUUGCAAUUGGUGGGGUGUUCACUGCAACAACAACACCGGUCAUGUAACCAUUCUUGAUCUUUAUCAGGAUGACUUAUAUAUGGUAGCCCACAAGGUUAGUCCAUCUUUACUCGAGCUGAAAUAUCUGAGUUAUCUGGACCUUAGUAACAUUAAUUUUCAAUGGAGAAGAAUCCCCAAAUUUAUUGGUUCCUUCAGGAGGUUACAAGUCUUGAGACUUAUAGAUACCAACUUUACUGGUACUAUUCCUUCCCAACUAUGGAACCUCACCAGUCUCCGGGUUCUAUAUAUUACGGGUCCCAAUUUGAAAAUAAAAAAUCUUGAGUGCCUCACUCUGCUUUCUUCUUUAAGAUCCAUUUACUUGUAUAAAGUUGACAUUGAUUUAACUGAUGAGUCAACUCGUGUCAGCCUUCCUCCUUUCCUUGAGGAACUACAUAUGCCAAGUUGUGGACUCCAUAAAACUUUGCCUUUCUUGCUGAAUUCUUCUUCCCCUCCGUUUCUUUCCGUUGUUGACUUUUCUGAAAACCAUCUCACUUCUCCUUUGGUAUUCAAUUUGUUGGGGAAUGCUAGCAAACAACUCACUAGCAUCGACCUAUCAAAAAAUAACUUUACAGGCCCCAUUCCUGAUGUAUUUGGAGACAUGAACUUUCUUAAAAGCAUUACUCUUAAUGAGAAUUCUUUUGCAAAUGAAAUUCCGAAAUCCUUUGGGAAUUUAACUAAUUUGCAAGUUCUCUCAUUGAGUGGUAAUCAAUUAAACGAAUCGAUUGCUGGGCUUUUGGAAAAGUUAUCAGAAGGGGCUGGAAAGUCAUUACGAACGUUGUAUUUGUCUGUGAAUAAACUUAUUGGUGAACUCCCCGUAAAUAUCAGCACCAAAUUUCAGUUCUUAAUGGAAUUGUCCGCAGGUAAAAACCAGCUGAAUGGAUCAUUACCUCUAAGCUUCAUACCUUCAAGUCUUCAAAUUUUAGAUUUAUCUGGUAACAAUAUCAGAGGGUUGUUUCAAGACAUUAAAGGUUUUGGACAAAAAUGUGAUCUUAUGCUUCUUGAUUUGUCCAACAAUCAAAUUAUUGGACAAUUUCCUGAUCUAUCAAAUGUUUUAUCCUUACAAUCGUUAGAUCUCUCAGGAAAUCAAUUACAGGGAGCCUUAUCAGAAACCAUUGGGAAGCUAUUAAAUCUCACUAGUUUGUUUGCCUCAUCAAACUUAUUGGGAGGAGUUGUAACUGAAGCCCACUUUUCGAACAUUACCAAGCUUCUAGUGUUGGAUUUAUCCUUUAAUGAAGCCUUGUCUUUCAACUUCAGUGCUAAUUGGGUUCCUCAUUUUCAACUACUAUUUUUAUCUUUGGCAAAUUGUAAAGUGGGGCCUCAAUUUCCAAAUUGGUUGCAAACUCAGCUUUUUAUAUCUUAUCUUGAUAUUUCUUAUGGAAAUAUUUCAGAUACAAUACCCAAAUGGUUUUGUAACUCCUCCAGUAAUUGGGCAUCCAUAGACUUGUCCAACAACAACAUUGAUGGGAGACUACCUAAUAUGUCGACCAAUCAGUUCCUCAAGAAGUUCCUUCGUCUUGAAAAGAGAUCAAUACAUUUGAGCUAUAAUAACUUUGGGGGUCCCAUACCAUUAUUUCUUCUAGAGUUUUCAAUAAUUCAUCUCUCAAAUAAUAAGUUUGUUGGUCCAAUUUCAUUAUUGUGCUCAAUUAUCAGCUCAAAUAUUAUUUCUAUUGAUCUUUCUUAUAAUCAACUCUCUGGCGAAAUUCCCGAUUGUUGGAAUAACUCUACAAGUCUAUUAAUUCUUGACUUGGGAAAUAAUCAUUUCACCGGGAAGUUUCCACCUUCUUUGGGCUCCAUAUUUUCGCUUCAAUCCUUGCACUUGAGAAACAACCACCUUGUUGGGGAAUUGCCUUCCUCACUUCAAAAUUGCACAUCAUUGCAAGUUAUGGAUUUUGGAGGCAAUGAGUUUACGGGGAGAAUUCCACCAUGGAUUGGGAGAUCUUUAAGGAAUUUGGUCAUUGUUAGCCUUCGACAUAACAAGUUCUAUGGAGACAUGCAAUCACAUAUUUGUCAGCUCAAUAGAAUUCAAAUCUUGGAUCUUUCCAAAAACAAAUUGACAGGGAAAAUUCCACAGUGCUUCAACAAUUUCACUCUGUUGAUGCAAAAUACCAAUCACACAAAGUUUCAAUAUGUUUUACCCAAUAUUGUAUUUUUCCGUUCUAAUAACUACGUGGACAAUAUAUUGGUUCAAUGGAAAAAGAAAGAUUGGGAAUAUAGGAAGCAAUUGGGACUUCUAAAAAGCAUUGAUCUUUCAAGCAAUCAAUUAAUUGGAGAUAUUCCUGAGGAAUUUUCUACUCUCAAAGGAUUACUUUCUUUGAACCUUUCAAAUAAUCAUUUGACUGGAGAAAUAUUUCCAACAAUCUAUCAGAUGGAAAAUUUAGAGGUUCUUGAUUUGUCUAAGAAUCAACUCUCAGGUGUAAUUCCAACUGGUCUUGCUAGUUUGAGUUAUCUUGCUGUUCUUGACUUAUCCAACAACUCCUUAUCGGGUAAAAUUCCAACGGGCACUCAACUACAAAGUUUCAAUGCUUCUUCCUAUGCUGGAAAUAGAGGUUUGUGCGGGGACCCACUUCCCAAAUGUCCUGCGGAUGUUCCUCCACAAAGGAACAACAAUUACUACCGGGAAGAUGAUGAUUUUCCAGAUCAAGGAUUUUACAUAUCUAUGGUGGUUGGAUUCUCUAUCAGUUUUUGGGGAUUUGUGGUUACUUUGGUGCUUAAAGAAUCGUGGAGAUCAGCCUACUAUGAAUUCUUGAAUGAUGUUAAAGACUGGAUUUAUGUGAAAAUCAAAAUUUCGUCUCGGAGGCUACAGCGAAAGUUUAGGCCCACCUGAUGAUUUGAUGAAUGAAUGAAUGAUGAUAGGAGCUGAGGCUGGCACGGAUGGAUUAUGUGCGUUGCAACACAGGUUGAAGAACUUGGAUGGAGUACGAGGUUAUUGUUUUGUGUGUUUCAUUCACUUGUUUUUGAAAGAAAAGUUUGUAUUAUAUUUCCAUGUUUUCCCAAUAAAGCCUAUCUAUGUUACUAAAUUUUCA